GCUAUGCUCAUUGCCACCAGAACUCUUACCACUGUGGCCAAGCAGGUCGCUCGCAGCAGCAGCGUGCUGGGUAGCAUCCGUACCAAGCAUACUGUCCCUGAUCUCGACUACGACUACAACGAGCUGGAGCCUGUUAUUUCGGCCAAAAUUAUGAAGCUGCACCACGACAAGCACCAUGCAACCUAUGUCGCCAACCUGAACGUUGCUGAGGAGAAGUUCCUCGCCGCACAGGCCAAAAACGACAUUGCCGGCCAAGUGGCUCUGCAUUCGGCUAUUAACUUUAACGGUGGUGGCCACGUCAACCAUACGAUCUUCUGGAAAAACCUUAUUGGCGAGAAAAACGGCGGCGGCCAGUUGCAUGAGAGUGCUCUGAAGCAAAAGAUCAUCGAGCAGUAUGGGUCGUUGGACCAGCUGACGCAGGUGGUUAACGGAAAGACAGCGGGCAUUUUCGGAUCCGGAUGGGGAUGGCUGACGCUCAACCCCAAGGGCCAGCUGGACGUCAUUACGACGGCCAACCAGGACAUGCCCUCGUCAGUCGGGCACGUCCCCCUGCUUGGUGUAGAUGCCUGGGAGCACGCAUAUUACCUAGAUUACAACAACGUCAAGGUCGAUUACUUUAAGAACAUCUGGCGUGUCAUCAACUGGAAGGACGUGGCCAAACGCUACGACGAUGCCGUGUCCCAGAUCAAGAACUAG